AGUGUAUCGUGGACCGUCGCGACGCCAACUCCACCGACACGUUUUCAACGCCGGUGCAUCAAAAAUCCCGUUUUACGCGAAAUCUCACGCGGGAAUCUUCACAAAAAAAAAAUAAAAAAAUCCUGUGAUGUGAUUUACGAGAAAUGACAGUUUCCGAGUGUGGUUUUUCUUGGUGGAUAUAAAGUGAUGAACCGAAAUAAUGGAGCUGAUACGAAGAAAUCAUUUAAAGACAAGAAUGAUUUCAGAAGGUUAAAUGCGGGGUGUUGUGAGAAGAAAAACUUCGCAUCAUGUUUAGAACACCUUUGAAAGGUGUUUUUUAUCAUAAAGAACCAUCAAGAUGUGUUGGUUUAUAGAUAUGAACAAAUGGUUACUUGGGUUUAUUUUAUAUUCUCUGUUAUUAUUGGAUUUCCUCAGUUUCGGACAAGAAAUCGACGUAGAUUCUAGAUUAGAAGAAAUCGAUUUAAACGAAUUCAAUGAAUUGAGCGCGUCGUUUCCACCAUUGGAAAAUCCGCCUGUUCAUUUCGUCACCGAAAACAACACAAUCGUAACAUCCCAAACGGGAUCUACAGCUUUAGUACCAUGUAUAAUAAAUAAUAUUGGCGAUGGGAUGGUAUCUUGGAUACGGAGGAAAGAUUACCACCUUCUCACUGUCGGUUUAACCACUUACAGCAGUGAUGACAGGUUUCAAGCUAUACAUUUACAGCAUUCAGAGGAUUGGACGUUACAAAUCAAGUUUGUGCAGCAGAGAGAUGCCGGUUUGUACGAGUGCCAAGUUUCCUCGCAUCCGCCCAUUAGCAUCUUUGUUCAGCUUAACGUAGUCGAGGCCAAGGGGGAGAUACAAGGUCCUUCCGAGAAGUAUCUCAAACCAGGAUCCGGGCUCAGACUGCAAUGCGCAGUUCUGCAAAGCACCGAGGCCCCUUCGUAUAUAUUUUGGUACCACAACAACAGAAUGAUAAAUUACGACGUUGAUCGGGGUAUUAAUGUGACGACGGAUUUAACUGAAAAAAUAAGCGUUUUAACCAUAACAAACGCCGCGACGCGUCAUUCGGGGAAUUAUUCCUGCGUUCCCAGCAACGCGCAACCCGCAAGCACUUAUGUACACAUUUUAAAUGGUGAGAAUCCAGCAGCUAUGCAACAUGGUGGCCGAGGAUUGUCCUGGCUACAGUGCAGUCCAUCAUCUUGGUUAUUAUUAUCUUCUAUCAUAAUUAUUUGGUGCUAAUUUUCGGUGAACCAUGACUAAAUGUAAAGUGCUAAUAAUAUAAAGAACAAAUUAAAUCGGUUAAUUAAUAUGACUUUUAUCAAAAUUCGAAACUUUUCGAUCGGAUGAAAUACUUUUUCAUCUAAAUAAUUAUAACACCUGAAAAAGAUCGAAUGAAGGUUAUUAUGAAAGGUAAAUAAAGUUAAACACCUAAGCUUUUAAAACUAAUUAAGAAAACGUCCACUAGAUGCUGCUGAUGCAGAUAUAUAAUAAAGGUUAAUAGAUGUGAGGUUAUGAGGUUUAGUAGACGUUUUUAAAAGAAGAAGAAAUACUGUUUUUAUUGUAUAUAUCAUGGAAUUUUUAAUUAUUUGGAUGUAAAUAUAUUCCAAUCGCACUAAAUGUCAAAAAUUAACCUUAUAAUCAUCCAUAAAAUAAAAGAUAAAUUACAUAUUUUGAUCUAUUUGAAAUAAUGAAAUCAAUUGUAAACUUUUUUUCCAAAAAUAUCCGUUUUUUCUACUACAUUUUAGUAUGAUUGGAAUAGAACAAACAUAUAGUGAAAUCGAUUACAGUAUUCGUAAACAACAACGUCGAUUUUUUUGACUCCAAUUGUAUCCGUUAUUUUUACGCAAACAAUUUUUGCUUAUUCUAAUGUUUAUUCAACUGCAACGAGUAGUGCGAUAUUAUAUUAUACGAGGAUUAUUUGGAAAAUUUUCAAUUUAACACGAAGAAAAAUCAAUUUCUUUCCGUAAUCAUUCUAAACAGCUCCAUUUUGUGUUUGUAUCGUGAUGCUCAGACUUAAUUUAGAUAUUUGCUUCAAUCAAGUAACUGUACGUCAAAUCAAAACUAGCUGCGUUCUUUUAGGUUAAUCGAACGUACUCGUUAAUAUUCUUUUGUUUAUAUAAAAUCGAAAUGUAUAUGCUGUGUUUUAUAGCUAAUACUAUUAUAUAUAUAUAUAUUUUCUUAAGUGAUUAUUUUCUUUAUUAUAUCAAAUCAAAAAGAGACUUUAAAUUAAACGUUUGUUAAAUGACAGUUAAUGUGUUGCGUUCUUUUUGAUAUGUCUAAUCAGAACUGAAUUCCUCGUUCUUUUGUUCACUUCCAAUCAUAAAUUUCCGCGUUCUUUUGUGCUCGUUGCGUUACUUCUACACGUCAAAACGUAGCUGCGUUCUUUUGUGUCACUCGAACGGACUGGUUGCGUUUUUUUUAUAUAAAAUUAGAACUAAUUCUCUGUAUUUUGAUGAGUAAUUCUUUUCAUUAUUAUGUCAAAUCAAAGCGUUACGUUCGGAUAGAAUCAGUGUUUGUUAAAUGACAGUUAAUGUACUGCGUUCUUUUAGUAUUCACGCGAACGUGUUGCGUUCAUUUUGAUAUGUCUAAUCAGAACUGAAUUCCUCGUUUUUUUGUUCACUUCCAAUCAUAAAUUUGUGCGUUCUUUUGUGCUCGUUGCGUUAAUUCUACACGUCAAAACGUAGCUGCGUUCUUUUGUGUCACUCGAACGGACUGGUUGCGUUUUUUUUUUAUAAAAUUAGAACUAAUUCUCUGUAUUUUGAUGAGCGUUACGUUCGGAUAGAAUCAGUGUUUGUUAAAUGACAGUUGAUGUACUGCGUUCUUUUAGUAUUCACGCGAACGUGCUGCGUUCUUUUGGAUACGUCGAAUGAGAUACGUUAUUUCCUGAAAUAUGCUAUACUGCAAUCGAUUUCGCGUCACAGUUUGUUGGAAAAAGUAUUUGAAUGAAUCGUAAUGCAAAAAAAAAUUGUUUUAAUUAUUUAUGAUGUAUAUAUAUACAACUAAAUUGAAUGAAGAUAGAUUUUUGUAUACUUUCUGUAUUCGUAUUUAUAUGAUUCACAUCUCCUUCAAAUAUUAUAUUCCAUAUCGCGUAAUUUUAGCUGUAUGUUACCGAAUAUCCAAAUCGAAUUCGAAUACAGAAAAUUUAUAAUGGAAAAUAGUAUAGAAAUUAUUAUUCUAACUUAUACAUGUAUACAUGUCAAGUUUAUUAUUAAAUCAAUAAGAAAUUGAUAUAUUUCCGUUUUUAUUAUUUCAUUUUAUACAAUGUUGAUAUAAUAUGUUUUAUUCGAUUGUUGAUAAUCAUUGUUAUGUUAUUUCUAAAACGAAAUCAUGAUCAUGUACGUGUGUAAAAUAUUUAUUUAUUAAAAUGUACAAAUUUU